AUGAGUAGAUCUAACGUUAUAUUUAUAUUGUAGAAUAUCUUAUAUGUACAAUUUUGAGACCCGUGUUUUAUUUUGUCUUUUUAAGCUGAAAGUUUGUCAGUAAAAUGGGGAAAAAACGGAAGAACGCUUCAAGUGGGGAAUUUCAAGAAAUAGACGGAGCCACAAACUGAAGAACGCCUAAGCAUUUCCCAACAAUUAGACGGAGCCAUAAACUUAGUUGAACCGCGAUUACAUGGCGCCCCCGUGAAAACCUUAGGGAAAAGUUCCGUAUCCAAAUGUAUUUUCCUGAUGCCCGCUCUCUGGUUUGAAAGAGGAAAAUGUUUUUCAGCGUGUAAACUCAACGUUUAAUGUAAUAUUUCCGAAAAGUGUUCCGCUACGCACUCCUGCGCUAGACGUGCGUUACGCUUGCCACACAAAGUAUUUGCGGAUUUUAUUUUAAAGUUUGUUUCGCCCCGGCCUAACAUUUCAUGGUUCCGGACAUCUGCUGGAUUACGAAAAAAUAAUUUUCAAAGAUACAACCGUCUUUUGUACAACAAGUGUUUUGUUUUAUUUCACCGGAAGUCUGCUUUAAGUAUGUGUCACCGUAGCAUACUUGACUGUUUCUUUCCGGUAAACGUGUGAGGGGGCGAUAAGAAGUAACCGGAGGCGGAGCUUUAACGGAACAGCUGGUCCGGAUGAUCCACGGCGGAGUUAACGGGUAGAUGAGCUGCAGUGCCCGAGCACAGCGCACCGACAUGGGAGCGAACAUGUUCUCACUGUGGCUGACAUGGGUUUGUCUCCUGCAGUGCUCUGGGAUGUUGUCUCAGGUGGAGAGAUAUGAGGUGGUCAGACCUCAGAGACUUCCAGGGAGACAGAAGAGGAGCGUGCGGGACAACCAGCUUUAUCCUGAUACAGUUCGGUACGAGUUGGCCAUCGAAGGGAGGAACCACACAAUGUAUCUGGAAAAGAACAAGAAUCUUAUUGGGAGAGGCUACACUGAAACACACUAUUCAGACGAUGGAAAGCGUGUGACAACGUCACCAAAUGAGGAGCACUGCUACUAUCACGGUCACAUUGAAGGUGUGAGGGACUCUUCCGUCAGCGUUGGCAUUUGUUCAGGCAUUAGCGGCUUUGUGAGAGCCCGGCAGCAGGUUUACCUGAUAGAGCCUCUGGGACUGUCCGACGAUGGUGACCAUGCAGUUUACAGACACGAGCACCUGAAGGUCAGUGGCAGCGUCAGCUGUGGCUCUUCAUCCAACACCACCACACUGUACGACCAGGACCAGGACCCGGGCCCUCGGCUCGCUGGCCUCUUCAAGUCCAGAUCGUGGAAACCCAUCGCAGGUCCACAGAGGUUUGUCGAGCUGUAUGUGGUGGUGGACAACACUGAGUAUAAGCUACACGGAAGCAAGACUAAAUCUCGUAUUCUCGGAGUUGUGAAUCACGUCGACAAGCUGUAUCGACAUCUGAACAUUCACGUCAUGCUGGUGGGUUUGGAGAUCUGGACAAACAGAGACUACAUCGACGUUGACAUUAAUUCAGAGACUGCUCUGGACAAUUUCCUCAUGUGGCGGCAGGUCGAUCUUCUGCAGAGGGCGAAGCAUGACAACGCCCAAUUUGUGACUGGAAAAGACUUUGUGGGAGAUACCGUUGGAUUGGCGAAUAAGUUUGCCAUGUGCACUGAAAACUCAGGUGGAGUGAAUCAGGAUCACCAGGAUAAUCCGAUAGGCCUCGCCUCCACCAUCGCUCAUGAGAUGGGACAUAAUUUUGGCUUGUCCCACGAUGUUGAAGGUUGUGUGUGUGGUCCGUCUUACAGCAGUGGGAACUGUGUGAUGGCAGACAAGCUCAGGACAGGAAAUAUAGCGUUCCCGGAGUUUUUCAGCAGCUGCAGUGUGAAGCAGCUCGCUGAAUUCAUGGAGCGAGCUCAACCCAGCUGCUUGUCCAAACCGUCAGGCUCUGUUAAGACCAUCGCUGUGGGCCCUCGCUGUGGCAACGCCCUGUUGGACCCUGGAGAGGAGUGUGACUGUGGCACUGUGGAGGAAUGCAAGAAUUCUUGUUGUGAUGCCUCAACUUGUCGUCUGACUGAAGGAUCCCAGUGUGCUCAUGGACAAUGCUGCGACGAAUGCCAGUUAAAACUGGCUGGAAGUGUGUGCAGAAAGUCGGCCGGUGACUGUGACCUGCCUGAAUACUGCACCGGAGUGUCUGAGGAUUGUCCUGAAGAUAGUUUUGAGAUGAACGGCAAAGCGUGCUACGACCAGGCACCGGGCUACUGCUACAACGGCCAGUGCCCCACACUUGAGCAGCACUGCUGGAGGCUGUUUGGAUCAGGGACCAGAAUUGGAGCAGAUGUAUGUUUCGACCUGAACAAACGGGGCAUAGAAGGUUUAAACUGCGGGAGGAACAAAUUCGGCUACACCCCUUGUACAGCACAGAAUCUUAAAUGUGGAUCUAUAUUUUGUGGAGGAGGGGGUGAGUCCAUCACAGGUAAAAGGUCAUCCUACACUGUGAACGGCAUUGAGUGUAAAGUACCUGUGGAUGAUGAUAAAACUAGAAACAUCGACAUGGUGCCAAAAGGAACCAGAUGUGGAGUAAAUAAGGUUUGCCUCGACAACAGAUGUGUGGACGUAUCAGUCUAUGGGCAAACAGAGGAUUGUGCCAAGAAAUGCAACAACAAGGGGGUGUGUAACCACAAGAAAGAAUGCCACUGUAAUCCUGGCUGGGCGCCACCCUACUGUGACAUCCAGUAUGCAGAUUUACCUCAAGGUCAGAGUGGGAUAAUAGCUGGUGUGUGUGCAGUUCUCUCCAUCCUCCUGGUGAUCACAGUACUGACUGCAGGGCUGAUGUGCUGUAAAAAGGACAACAUGGACAGAUACACCUCUAAAUGGAAAGUGCAUUCAGACAAGUCGAACUCGGUGAUCCAGGAACCAGAUGUUAAAGAGAGAGUGCACAUCAGUCAGCCCACUUUCGUGGGAUCAACAGCAACACGAGCCAGCGCUCCUCUGAUUGUUGCUGUGACUCCCUGCAGACCCGCUCCACAGCCUCCGAGGAACUUGUCUUCUACCUCACAAACUGAGCCGACCAGACCUCCUCCUUUACCUCCAUCAAAACCUUUCCCGCCUCUGAAUAAAACACAGUACAAGGCAGCCAAACCAGGUCCUCCUCCUGUACCUCCGGUGAAGCCCAGCCCCCGUCCGGCUGCCAGAAUCAAGCCAUGCACUCCUCCGCUGCCGCCAUCGAAGCCACAACUUCACAGACUCACAUGAAAGUCUUACUUAAAGUAUCAAGUUUGACCAAAGCAGAAGACAUUCAGCAUGCAGUUGUGUUUAUAUAAGAAGAAAACCAUGUUUUUUGGGAUCAGACGUGUGAGUCAGAGAACUGAGAGUUUGGAAAAGUUAACUCUUCAAAGCCUUUUUAAAGAUGCCGAAGCUUCAUCGACUGAGAAUGUCUUUGAUGACGCAAGACCAACAGCUUCACCGCUGCUGUGGAAGUCUCCAUUAACUGCUGCUGCAGUUGUUACUGUUGUGCGUUUGUAAAAAAAAAAAAAAAAAAGUUGUUCUUUCUGCUAACAUCCUUUGUAACAACGUGUUGCCUUGCUGCACUUUUGUAAAUUUGAGGGAAAUGGUGCUCAAAUUGAAAUGUACUUUAUAUAUUUAUUUAAUGUUUGUGCACGGGACUGUACGGAAAUUAUUAGACGGGGAAAUGGGAUUGAAAAGGUUGGGAGGGUUAUGUGUUUUUCCUUUUUGGUGAAGGGCAGAUUUUAUUUCAGCCUUCAAUCGAGCUGCAGCCUAAGCACUGCUAAUAUAGGUCAACCUGCAAUAACUGAUUUGAUGAUCACAUUUUAAUUUAAGACGGCGAACUUGUUAGCAUACAGUUGCUUAUUUACACAUCCAGCAGCUACAGAGCAACAUUCAUGUGGUGGAGCCACUUGAUGAACUUGAGUCCGAUAUUCUCUCUUUUAGCUCUGUUUUGGUCUCCACCAGCUCCUGAGGGAAAUAUCUGGCGCUUCGUGUACAAGUGGGUUUUACAGUUGUCACUUCUCUAUAGGUUCAUCACUACGAGCGACCCCUUUCACAUUAUCAUCAAAAUAUUGCAUAUAGUCUCGUGAAGUUAUUAAAUGAACUGGAGAGGGUUUGAGCUCUCCACUCCAAUAAUUUCCGUACAACUGUGUCCAAAACCAGGCAGCCUUCUAUGAGGUUACUUUUGUAUAACUUGCACUGUACUUGAAAACCUUUGAAUGGUACUCACAGUAUGGGAGUCUUUGCACAGUUUGGAUGACCUGUGUGAAAAGCCUUUUUUUUUACUGCACUGAUAUGUCUCUAGGUCAACGAUCACAACGUUUUACACCUUGUAAGUUAAAUUGUCUUAAAAUACAAAAUAUCAGUUGGUAUGACCACAAUCCUACUUUUUAAUCUGUCUACCCAAGAGAGAGCCUUUUGUUGCAACAAUUAAAGGGCACUUUUUAUUACAAAAGUAUGAAGAGAUCAUGUUGCAUCAGGAGAUUACACAAGUUAUCAGUGUGAAACAAGGCGUGACAGAUGGCUUCUUCUCUCUGUGCUUCUUUUUGUGAAUUGCAUAAUGAUUAAGUUACAUUUUGUCCACGUCUGUGUCUUUUCUUGUAUAACACGAUUGUUAACCUA